AUGGCGCAGGCAAGCACCUCGCCUGCCGAUAUAUUGCCUCAACUCGAGGCGGCGCGUAAACUUGUCCUCGGCGAUGCUCACUUCUACUCCCAAAUCGUUCCUGGCAUACUUCCCAUAGUCGGUUCUACAGCGGCUGUUGAGGUUCGAAGAUGGGGAGCGGAGUUUCUAGCAGAGACCUUUGCGACGCCGGCACUUGCAGACGUGCAGAAGGAAGAGAUAUGUCUCGAUGUUGUCACCUUCAUACGGGGCAUCUUGGAGUCUCCUGCGGAAGAUGUCAUCGUUGUCAGAAGCGCUAUCCAAGCCGUUGCCAGCUUCUACACUCUACUUUUCAGAGCAAUCGUAACGCGGUCGGAUGACUUCUUCACCAAGAAGGCGAUCUCUUCCAAAGCAAAUGCCUGGCAAACGAUGACUGCGAUCAAAUCAAACAUUUUCAAGCGGAUGGACUCUGCCCCUACCAGUGUGCGCGUCUGUGCCAUCAAAUUCGUCCAGAAAGUCGUCCAAGUCCAGACGCCUGGUGGGAUUGCCGAUCCAAGGCGCCCCGAAAAAAAUGAGACGUCUAUCACAAUCGUGCCUCGUAACGACCGCAUACUAUCCAUUCCCAUCCUCGAAGCCGAAGCAUCCGGCUUGUUAGAUCGACUUCUCAACGUAUUCCAGGAGAAUUCGAGUGAUCCCAUCCUCGUGGACGCCACGCUCAAUUGCACGUCUAUCUUAAUCCGUAGCCGAUCGGCCAUUGCAAACAAGAUCAUCACUGCUAUCCUCAACUUCAACCCCUUGAAGCUGGCGAAUUCUCCCAUGACGUUGCGCUCCAAGGUAAUCGCACGGUCUCUAGAGCGAACCACACGAGCACUGUUGAAGAACAUCAACAAGAACAACCCCAACGGAGUUCUCGCCCCCAAGAUCGAUGCAUAUCUGGUUCGACUCAACCAAUCCCGCGCUGCGGUCUUUGCGGAUAGUCAAUCCCUCAAACGACCUGCUCCUCCCGAGGCUCCAGAUGGCCUUGCAACGAAACGGGCCAGGCUUGAUGGAGCCCCACGAUUUCCUCCUAUGCCUCCACCUCCUAACUCCUUUGCUCAGCUUUUCACUCUGACAGAAGAUGCUGCUUUUAUGAACUUUGAUGUGCAGAUUCUGACUGAAGAAAUGGUUAGAAUGAUCACACACCUUACACUUCACCAUCUUGACCCUGAUGCCUUGAAUGAGGCUAUUGGAGCGGUCAGAGAGAGAUAUGCAUACCUCCAGAAAAUACAACAACCGACUCCUCUACCAGACAUACCCAUGGCAGGUCCCACGGGCGUGGACGACGAAGAUGACUACGACCCUGAAUAUGAUCCAGGAGAUCAUACUGUAGAUGCUCCCGCCGCGGUCACUGCACAGACUCUACAUGGUCUCGUCCAGCCUGAUAUCACCUUGGGACCAUUUGAGCUACCAAAACCUCCUCCACUCAGCGAGCUCGAAACCGCUCAAUUGGCUAAGCAGACGGUCGACCGAAUAUUUGGGCAGGUGGCCUCUCUCGAUAUGGCACCACCUGCAUCCUUGCGUCAGAGACUCGGUUUGAACAGACUCGCUGCUAGCACCAACGAUCGCGACGCGUGGGUGACAAUGCUCACUCGCCUUGCCACCCGCGCCCCCUGCGGGCUGGAUGAUCUUGUCAAGGCUGAGAUGGGAGCGGAGGACGACGGGCGCGUAGUGAAGCGUGAACCAGCUGCUUUGCAGCCUGAUGUUGACAGUCCCUCUCUUGCAAACGGCAUCCGACAGACACUAUACUUAUACGUCCUUGAGGACUUUCGGUCUCGCCUGCCCAUUGCCAUCUCGUGGCUAAACGAGGAAUGGUAUAACGAUCGCUUACGCGUAAAAGAGUCUGGCGCUGCCGCGGCCUCCAACCAGACUCCUUACAGGGUCUGGACACUUCGUCUGCUUGACGCCCUCCUUCCCUACCUCGACGCGCGUGAUAAUCGGCUACUAAUCCGAUUUCUCUCAGAGAUUCCUGCGAUUCACUCUGAUGUCUUGGAACGCAUAAAGAGUCUGGCCAAAGACCCAGAGAGGGUCAAUAUGUGCAUUAUGGCGUUGCAGUAUCUGAUUCUGUUGCGGCCACCAGUUAGAGAGUUGGUGAUCGACACGGUAGAGAAUAUCUGGCGGGAUAAAGAAGAGUAUGAGGAGGCGAACGCAGCGGCGAGAAAGGUGUUGAGCAAAUGGCGGCCAAGCUCAUUAGAACAGAAUGUGAAGGUAGAGGGUCUGGAGGAAAUCGAAAGCCGGAACAGAGAAGAUGGGAGUGGGGAAGCGAGCAAUGGGACGGAUGGGGCAGUAAAGAAGGAUAUGGGCAUCAAUAGGUUGCUGAACGGGGAUGCGCACGAAGCGAAGAUGCCGAAUAUCCCUGGAGUCGCAGAUCACCGGAUGAAAGCUGCAGCGCAGACUCCAAUGGCGGAUGGAUGA